CAAGAUGGCUACUGUUCUAUCUCCUCGUCAGUGUGAUAGCAGUCCUGCUACCCCUGGAACGCAAUCUUUAAAGGACGACUCAGAAGAUUAUUUCAAUGAUGGCAGCCAACCACCAAAAAGACGUCGCAUGGGCUCAGGCGACAGCUCAAGAAGCUGUGACACGUCCAGCCAGGAACUUGGGCCAACAUAUUUUCCAGCAGAAAAUCUAACAGAAUACAAGUGGCCCCCAGAUGAUACUGGAGAAUACUAUAUGUUACAAGAGCAAGUCAGCGAGUACUUAGGUGUAACAUCGUUUAAGCGCAAAUAUCCAGAUUUGGAAAGGAGAGACCUGUCUCACAAAGAGAAGCUGUAUCUGAGGGAGCAAAAUGUCAUUACGGAGACACAGUGUACUUUAGGUCUAACAGCAUUGCGGAGUGAUGAGGUCAUUGACCUGAUGAUUAAGGAGUACCCGACAAAACAUGCAGAGUAUUCUGUCAUCCUCCAAGAGCGUGAGCGCCAGAGGAUCACGAAAGAGUACUCUCAAAUGCAACAACAAAACCCUCAAAAGGUUGAAGCCAGCAAGGUUCCAGAGUACAUAAAGAAAGCUGCUAAAAAGGCUGCCGAAUUCAACAGUAAUUUCAACAGAGAACGGAUGGAGGAAAGACGAGCCUAUUUUGACCUGCAAACUCACAUUAUUCAGGUACCUCAGGGAAAAUACAAAAUUCUCCCUCCAGACAGAACCAAGACUGGCCCAUAUCCUGUUGCCCUAAUCCCCGGGCAAUUUCAGGACUACUACAAAAGAUAUUCUCCGAACGAGCUACGUUACCUGCCCCUGAACACGGCUUUGUACGAACCUCCGCUGGACCCAGAGCUCCCGGCCCUGGACAGUGAUGGAGAUUCAGAUGAUGCGGAGGAGGGCAAAGGAGAGGACGGCAAGAGAAAUAAAGGCUCCUCGGAUAGUUCAUCCGGAAACACGUCGGACGGAGACAGUCAAGACAGCGGAAUUCAGUCAAAGGGCAAGAGCAAGGACCGCGCUGGAACCACGGGCAAAGAUGCCACCCCUCGCCCCCUACAACACAAAUCUGUCCCCGGGUACAAGCCAAAGGUCAUACCCAAUGCUAUAUGUGGUAUAUGCCAGAAGGGUAAGGAGUCCAACAAGAAAGGCAAACCGGAAGCUCUCAUUCACUGCUCCCAGUGCAAUAACAGUGGUCACCCAUCUUGUUUGGACAUGAGUCUUGAGUUGGUGGCGAUGAUUAAGACGUACCCGUGGCAGUGCAUGGAGUGUAAAACGUGCACCGUGUGUGAACAGCCCCACCAUGAGGAGGAGAUGAUGUUCUGCGACAAGUGUGACCGUGGUUUUCACACUUUCUGCGUGGGUAUGGACUCCAUCCCCACUGGUUGCUGGGUUUGUGAAAUUUGCAACAAGGACUUUUCCACCCCACAGAAAAAGGGAGGAACAAAAACGCCCAAAAAGUCCAAAUCAGCCCAUAAAUAG